GCGUUUGAGCAACUUCGAUCGUCAUUGGAAUGGCCGCACCCUCGUUCUCCUCUUUCCCUCCCUCAUUUAGCUCGUUUCCAGACUUAGAACCAGGACCAAGCGAAUCAAAGCCACCCUCAGAGCCAAAGGAUCGGCGCAGCAAAGACAGGGAAUCAACCAAGAAGCAGGACAAGGACCGCAAGCAUAAACGAGGUACAGACGACGAGGGUCACCGUCGACACAGGUCAAAGAAACCUAAGACGCACGAACAAGAAUAUAGUGAGGAACAAAGGGAACUUAAAUCGAAGCGUUAUGGAGACUAUGAGAGCUCAUACUCGCCGCUCGACGGCAAACCUGUGUUCUAUUCGGAUGGUAGAGGAGAUGUCUUGAAUAUAACAUACGGAGGUUUACAUUCGGGCGACGUACCGAAGUACAACGCUGUUGCUCGCGGUAGGAAGGUGUUGGGUCUUCCUGCCCUUACUGUUUUGCACAAGGGUCAUCACUCCAUUGCCAUAGGCAUCGGUGGCAAGCGCAAGCUUCCUGGACUGACAGACUCCAGUUCUCGACAUUUACUCCGGGCGCCCCCAACGAAGAGAUUACUAGCCGCGUCGGAGGAUAAGUACAAGCAUGGGGAAGUAGAAGGAUUCCUACGUAUCUCCAUUCAUCGAGCACGCACUGGCGAACCAUCGUAUCGAUCCAUUACCGUGUCGAAGCACACGCCCGAAUCUGAGGAAAGUUCUUCAUCUUCUGAGAGCGAGGGUGCAGAAAGCUCAGGCAACGAAUCCGACACAACGCCAGAAACCUCGCUUCAAGCUACUCUGAGGUCUCUGGAAGAACACUUGCUCUCACACCCUGAUUCCAUCUCGACCUGGCUCUCUCUCCUUUCGCAUACGUUGUCAACUGUCCCCACUACGUCCAAGAACGCUAUGAAGGCCCGUGCAGAGAUUGCAAUCUCCGUCCUCUCUCGAGCUUUGAUUGCCCAUCCGAGCAAUGCGCGGUCCAAAAGCUUACGACUCAGAUACCUCCAGGCAGGAGAAGAGAUAUGGAAUGAAGGCCAAAUCCGCGCUGAAUGGGAAGUAGCCCUGAGGGAUGGUGGCAAAGAUAUCUAUAUUGAAUGGUUGGACUGGCGAAUACGGAGGACGGAGAAGGAUCUGGAUGGAAUUGUGCAAAGUGCCCGAAGAGUGUACACUGCACUUAAGGAUGACGAGGUUGCUAAGUUAAGCGCAUUCUGGCGGGUAGCUAUCGCAUUCCGAGAUGCAGGCUAUACGGAACGCGCAAUGGCACUAUUCCAAGCCCAGGCCGAACUUGCUUAUCAAGCACCUUCAGAUCUGCACGCUGCAUCUACAGAGACACAACUAGGUGCUCUUGAAGACUUCUGGGAAUCUGAGUUACCACGCAUUGGCGAACCUAGCUCCAGUGGAUGGGCCGCUUGGGUGAGCUCUGGUCGUCCAGAAGUAACAUCACCUCCCAACCCACGGAAGACUCAACACGGUAUAUCGCACAUGGACCCAUAUAUUCGUUGGGCGGCACAAGAGGCCCAGGACGACAAAACUUUGAUACUGCCUAGUCGAUCCUUCGACGAGGAGGAAAACACCGACCCAUACGCUACUAUCCUUUUCUCAGAUAUCCAACCACUCCUAUUCCCUCUGACAUUAUCGAAUGCUCAGCAUGCACUUCGCUUAAUCUGGCUAUCCUUCCUGGGCUUGAACAUACCUGGCUUCGUGGGCUCGUUGUCUGAAGUGCCUGCCGAAAGUACGGAUGAUCGCUGGGCGACUCGACAUCUUGCCUCACCAACUUACCUGUCGGCUAUAUUCCCUCCAACCUCUUCUAGCCGUCGUAUCACAGCGGAUGCACAUGCUGGCGUACUCGUGGGCCGAGAGCCGGAAUAUGCAUCUGUCUUUGGACCUGUUAAGAGUUGCAGUCUAGGCGUUCUGCGCCCCUUAGACAUCAUCGGAAAGAAGGAUUGGACUGUUUGGUCUCAAGAAGACGUGGAAGGCGUCGACGAAGAUAUCGUUAAGGAGGUCUUCCGUUUAUGCAGAUUCCUCGAGGACGAAACCGAAUGGGACAAUAUGUCGCUUGCGUUCGAGACUGCUGUCAACGCAAAGAAUGCUGUCAAGAAAUCAAAAGCGUUCCUGGCCAAAGCUUCGGAUUCCCUCCCUCGUUGGGCUGCUCAUGCUCGGAUCGAGCGUAUCCGUGGACGCUUUGAUGAAGCUCGCAAGAUCUAUCAAACAGUCUUGUCAUCUUCACCUAAUCCCUUUGCUUAUAGUGGGAUUUGGUGGGAUUGGGCUGAAUUGGAAUGGCUAUCUGGAAACGCCGACGCUGCGAUGCAAGUGGUACUACGAUCUACUGGCACCCAGGGUAGUGGCGGCAUUGCAACUCUACGCGCCAAACGCCAUUUGGACGAUGUUAUCAGUCAACACGAGAGCUCGCGAUGGAAAGAACGAGAGGGUUGGAUCAAGCUUAGAGCAUUGCUUGAAUUGCUUUCAUCGUCUAUCCACACGGCGGUUUCCUAUCUUGAUUCCAUGCAGCAAUCUAUGGAUUCCGGGAGUGUUGCUCACGAAAGUCUCACCACCGCUGUUCUAUUGUUCGUCUACUACGAUGGCAUUGUUCUUCGGAAUCCGAUACCUCCAGUCCUUCUCAGGGAACGAGUGGAACAUGCCAUGGACUUGUACCCUAACAACACUAUCAUUCUGGGUUUGUUCCUGGAAGCUCAGAAGGGUCAAGGUGUUUGGGGUCGCAUGCGUGCACUGCUAGGAGAGCAGAACAAUCCCGGUAUGACGAAGGAGAAGGAUGUGGCGAGAAGAAUCGCAGAGGUGUGGGUCGCAAGCUGGGAGAAGGGAAGAUGGGAGGCUGAACAGGAACGGACAAGAAAUGGUCUCUCGAAUGCUGUUCAGAAUGAUCGGACGCGAGGUAGCCCGACUUUGUGGCGAAUAUAUCUCGAGUUUGAGAUUCGGUGUGGACAGUUGCAGCGCGCCAAAAAACUUCUGUUUCGGGCAGUGGGAGAAUGUCCACUGGUGAAAGAACUCUAUCUACUGGCGUUUGGCCCUCUGCGCUCGGUCUUCUCGUCGCGGGAACUGAACGAUUGGGCGGAGACUAUGGCAGAGCGGGGCAUCCGUAUGAGGACGGGAUUGGAUGAGGCACUGGAGGGAUGGCGCGAGGGUGGGUCUGGGAGCGACGGCGAGAACGCUGAGGGAAUGCCAGAGGAUGAAAUUGAGUAUAAUGCGGCGGAGCUGAGGCGAUUGAGGCCGUACUAGAAUUGAGCGCCUAGUAGACCUAACCCUAAUAUGAAUGGUGUACAAACAAGGGGGGACAAACAAGGACAAAGGACGGUUAUUGUGCGUUGAGUCUGGACAGCGGAAGCAAAGCAAACUCCCACUCGCUAACUACACGAGGCCUCCCUGCCCCCCUCUGCGUUUCUCCUCCGCAAGUCUCGCUUGUCUCAGACUCUUUCGUCUGCUUACCUUUGUGCUCAGCCCCUAUUUUUCGACAACCAUCUGGCUCCAUGUCCGAACAAUAAAUCUUCGAUUCGUCAAAGACGCUCCCUAUUAG